AUGGUCUACAUGUCGAGUGUAACACAAGGACCUAUACCUAUUGCUAAAAAUGGCGAUAGUUCGCACAAAGAUGGCAACGAUAGCGUGAUGCUCACCCGCACGCCAGGGAGUGCGGGUAGCUAUUUAGGCUUGAGCACCGGUAUGGGCGGAAGCGGAAGUUUCCGGGAGGCGAUGGCGAUUUCUUUUGGGAAGGACGUUGCAGAGUAUGUUGUGAACCUUGAAUGCCAUGUGCGCUUCGAAGACGAAGACGAGGUGGGCACGUUGAUGUCCGACGAGGAGAUGGACGAGUCCAACAUGGGUUCGAGUGAGACAACUGAAAACACAGGGUCUGCCGCUGGGACGCCACUGCAUAGUCCUGUGCGUGCAAAGCUGCAAGACUUGAACAAGCGACCGCACCCGAUUAACACAAAUUUUGGCAACCAAACGCCGCUAGGCUCGGGCUCCUCGGACCAUUUAGACUCGCCUAGUGCAUUUGAUACUUCGGUAACGCGAUCACCGAGCGUAUCUGAAAAGAAACGCGCGUUUGGACAGGCAAAUAUGUCGAGUACCACGACGCCUGACCUGCGUGCUUUUGGUAUUCAAACAUCUGGAAAUGUUUCGAAUACAGCAAGCGGGACGCCAUCGCUGGAAUCCGAGUCGCCGCCGACGCCCACAAAGUCAUGCGUUGCAGCAAUUCAGCCUGAAAAGAGUUACGUGUGUCAGGUGGGGAAUUGUGACAAGCGAUAUAAAAAUUUGAACGGGUUACGCUACCAUUACUUGCACUCUGGCUCGCAUGGGCUUCUCGGCCUUCAGCUGCUGCAUGCCAACGGCGGUGGCGCGAGUGCAAAAGCGGAUAGCAUUAGCGGACGCCCGCCCGUCUCUACUGAGACGCUUUCACGCGAGCAGAUUGUACAGGCAGCUGCAGCUGCACAAGCGCUCCUCAACCAGCAAGCACAGGCACAAUGUGCGAAAACUUCGACUAUGGAUGCGCAAAGUGCUGUGGGCGGAUUUGCAUCUGCGCUUUGCAGUCCGUCUGUGUCGCUAGCUAACACUGAAAAGCCAGCGCGGUAA